AUGCCAAAGACAAAAUACCGCCAUGUCUUUGCUACACACUCGCAAAGCCGACAGUCAUGUCUGACGCCUGGUGCUCCUCAAUCGCCCAGCUUUGUUGGCUUCCGCAACCUGAUGAUCCUCGUUCUCGUCUUUUCCAACCUCAGACUAAUGAUUGAGAAUUACCGCAAAUACGGCGUCCUCAUCUGCCUCUCGUGCCACGACUACAGUCGCCAAGACGUCAUAUACGGCCUUGCUCUGUACUUGUCCAUACCCUGUCAACUAUUCUUAGCCUAUCUCAUCGAGCUCGUAGCUGCUCAGCAAGCAAAGAGCGCUCUGGCGCGCAUGAAGAAAGCAGGCGAGGAGCAAAAUACCCCAGAGAACCAAGCCGCUGCUCGCCGCAGCUUCAAGAAGAUAUGGAAGAUUGUUGCUUUUUGUCACGGCGCGCACGCUACAUUCAAUCUUACCAUCUCCUCCUACAUUGUUUACUACCAUAUCCACCACCCAGGAAUAGGCACACUUUGCGAAUUGCACGCUGUCGUGGUCUGGCUCAAGGCUUGCUCAUACGCCUUCACCAACCGUGACCUGCGGCACGCUCUUUUGCAUCCAGACCAGUCGGAACCACUGCCCGAAAUCUACGCCAGCUGCCCCUACCCCAGGAACAUCAGCUUCUCCAAUCUCUGCUAUUUCUGGUGGGCUCCGACGCUUGUAUAUCAACCCGCCUAUCCCCGUACGGACCGCAUCCGCUGGGGCUACGUUGCGAUGCGUGCGCUCGAGGUCUUCGUCCUCAGUAUCGCCAUAUGGAUCGCCUCCGCUCAGUAUGCUGCGCCGUUGCUGCAGAACUCGCUCGAGAAGAUGGCCAGUCUCGAUUUUGUUUCCAUCGUCGAACGCGUGAUGAAGCUGUCUACCGUAUCUCUCUUCUGCUGGCUCUGCGGGUUUUUCGCUCUAUUCCAGAGCUCCUUGAACGGGCUCGCAGAGAUUAUGCGCUUUGCCGACCGCGAAUUCUACGAGCCAUGGUGGAACGUUAGCAGCGUGAGAGAAUACUGGACCACCUGGAACAAGCCGGUCACCAACUUCAUGCGCCGUCACGUCUACAGUCCGCUUGUUGGUCGGGGUAUGCCCCCUGCGCUCGCGCAGAUUGUAGUCUUCUUCAUCUCUGCCGUCUUGCACGAACUGCUGGUCGGCGCUCCUACCCACAACAUGCUCGGGGUCGCUUUCAUGGGAAUGAUGUUCCAGAUCCCUCUCAUCGUCUUCACCGACAUGCUCAAGAAAGUUAAGGGCAUUCGCGGCGAGGUCGCAGGCAACAUGAUCUUCUGGAUCAGCUUCUGUCUCGUGGGACAGCCGCUGGGCGCGCUACUGUAUUUCUUUGCAUGGCAUGCAAAAUAUGGUAGUGUCUCCAAGCAGUUCCCCCAGAGCCCUGCGUUGCAUCUUGUUGGCCGUUAA